AUGACACCCCCAGAAAGAGUGCAUUUUAUGAGAUCACAUCGUCAUAUUUCAGAACCUGCAAUGCUACUCACAAAACAACUUGGUUCAGCUUAUAUACCUACUCAUAAAAAGAUAAGUAUUUUGGAGGUGCAAUCUGGAGGAAUGGAGAAAAUUGGUUUUACCAAAAAGGAUAUUUACAAUUUUGAAUAUUAUGAGAGUAGCCUGAUGAAGAACCAUGAUGUUGAACUGGUGACUGAGUAUUUUUUAGCUGAACAGAAAAACAAUAGAUCAUUUUAUUUCAAGAUUGAGGGAGAUUCCAAUGACAGGCUUACUCGAUGUUUUUGGGCAGAUGCAACUUCUAGACGAGGAUAUGGGUUUUAUGGAGAUGUUGUCGUGCUCGAUACCACAUUCAACACGAAUCGAUAUGGUUUGCCAUUUGCACCAAUAUUGGGGGUUAAUAACCAUGGUCAGACAAUUGUUUUAGCUUGUGCGUUUUUAAGUAAGGAAACGACUGAGUCCUUUAUUUGGAUGUUUGAGGAGUUUAAGAAAGCCAUGUCAGGUGGUGAGCCAAAAAUGAUAAUUACAGAUCAAGAUGCAGAUAUGGCUAGAGCGAUUUUUGAAGUAUUCCCCACUACAUUUCAUCGACUUUGCAUAUGGCACAUCACAACCAAGUUCUCUGAUAAACUACCACGGACUGCUUAUGAGGAAUAUUGGAAAGAGUUUAAAGAAACCAUCUGGGAGAUUGACAAUAUAGAUGAAUUUGAAGAAAAGUGGCAUGCAAUCGUUACAAAAUCAGCCUAUGUAAAACAUAUUUUUGCUGCUGGAAUGUCAAGCAGUCAAAGAGCAGAAGGCUCUCAUCAACGUCAAAAAGAGUUACUUGUUGAUCACAUUGAUGCAUAUGAAAAGCCUCAAUGUGCUCUAUUGAUGACAAUGGAUAAACAAAUGGCUAAAAUAUACACAAAGGCAAUGUUCCAAAAGUUUGAACAGGAGCUAAUGCAAAGUUUACCGUGUUUUAUGGAACUGAAAAUGGAUGACGCUUCCCAAGCUAUCUAUAAAGUGAGUGAAAGGGAAAUGGGGAAAACAAGAGUCACAGAAGUUGUAUAUGAUAAAUAUUCCGAUCAAUGGUCGUGUAGCUGUAAAGGAUUUGAAUUUAUUGGAAUUCUUUGUUGCCAUGCGCUGACAUUGUUAAAAAGGGAGCAAAUUGAAUAUCUGCCCAAUAAAUACAUUUUGAAUAGAUGGAAGAAAACUGCAAAAUCUGGACUUGUGUCAGAUUCAAAUGGCAAUGAAAUUAAAGAUUGUGAGAACAAUUCUCUCCUAAUAAAGCGAAGUAGAAUGUCCAGACUUGCUUCAGAUGUAAUUGAGCAUGCCUUAAUGUCCGAAGAAGGUUGUGAGCUAUUGUCAAAUAAUCUAAACGAUACACAGGUGACGUUGAAGUUAUUGAAUGAUGGGGUUGGUCCUAGCGAAGUUGGAGGAGUGUAA